ACUUUCUGCCGAACUAUAAUAUAAAAAAUUAAUAAAAUAACGAAAAACUAAAUAAAGCCAGGGCUAGUAGUGCUGGUACCCAAAGCCGUAAAACCAUAGAUAAAAAAAGCCAACUAUUGUGUGUAGUCUUUUUUUUAUCUGUGGAACACGAAAAUUGUCCAAGAAUAUUCCAUUUCGUUAUCGUUCUUUCGUUAAUUUGUGAUGUCUAAUAAACAAUUAUAGUAUACAUUUACUGUAUUAGCCCAUAAUUAGACUUAAAGUUUUUAAAGUGAUCAAAAACAAAUAAUGGAAUUGUUGCAGGGCGGCGAGAGCCUGACGCUGCCGCCGCAGCCGCUGCCACCGCAGCCGCUGCAGUCGCUGCAGUCGCUGCAACCGCUGCAACAGCUGCAACCGCUGCAGCCGCUGCAACCGCUGCAGCCGCCGGCGCCGACCGCGCUGCCCGCGCUGCAGCCGCCGGGCGCGGGUGGUUUCAUCGCCGCGCCCAUCUACGACUUGCAGCAGGUCGGAGAUGUAUUCACAGGUCCGGGCGCGCGCUGCCCCACACUGCCGGCCAUCCUGGGGGGCUCCCUGCCGCGACUGUCGGCCGAGCAGGCGGACGCAGUCGGACGAGCCAAGAAGUACGCCAUGGAGCAGAGCAUCAAGAUGGUGCUGAUGAAGCAGACGUUGGCUCACCAGCAGCAGCAGAUGGCGUCGCAGCGCACGCAGGUGCAGCGGCAGCAGGCGCUCGCGCUCAUGUGCAGGGUGUACGUGGGCUCGAUAUCGUUCGAGCUGAAGGAGGACACGAUCCGGCAGGCCUUCCUGCCGUUCGGGCCGAUCAAGUCCAUCAACAUGUCGUGGGACCCCGUCACGCAGAAGCACAAGGGGUUCGCGUUCGUGGAGUACGAGAUACCGGAGGCUGCGCAGCUCAGUCUCGAGCAGAUGAACGGAGUCAUGCUCGGCGGAAGAAACAUUAAAGUGGUGGGUCGACCGUCGAACAUGCCUCAGGCACAAGCGGUCAUCGACGAAAUACAAGAAGAAGCCAAACAGUACAACCGCAUCUACGUCGCCUCCAUACACCCCGAGCUGACCGAAGACGAUAUCAAAAACGUGUUCGAGGCGUUCGGGCCGAUCACGUACUGCAAGCUGGCGUACGGCGCCUCGGCGCACAAGCACAAGGGCUACGGGUUCAUAGAGUACGCCACGCUGGCCGCCGCGCUCGAGGCCAUCGCCUCCAUGAACCUGUUCGACCUCGGCGGCCAGUACCUGCGCGUCGGCCGCGCCAUCACCCCGCCCAACGCGCUCGCCGGGCCCCCGCAGGCCUCCGCCAUGCCCACCGCCGCCGCCGUCGCCGCCGCCGCCGCCACCGCCAAGAUACAGGCGAUGGACGCGGUGGCGAGCAACGCGGUCGCGCUCGGCCUCACCAAGCUCAACGCGCUCGGCGUGUCCGCCGCCGCCGCGCUGCCGUCGCUGGCCGCCGCGCUGCCCUCCGCGCUGCCCGCCGCGCUGCCCGUCACGCUGCCCGUGGCGCUGCCCGUGUCGCUGCCCGUGGCGCUGCCCGUGACGCUGGCGGGCGCGCUGCCGCCGCCGCCCGCGCCCCCCGCGCCGCCCGCGCCGCCCGCGCCCGCCGCGCCGCGCGACGCCGACCCCGACGACGGCGCGCUGGUGGCGCAGGCGGCGCUGCAGCGCAAGCUGCUCGAGUCCUCGCCCGACACGCUGCAGCAGCAGGAGUCGCUGUCCAUCUCGGGCCAGUCGGCGCGCCACCUGGUGAUGCAGCGCCUCAUGCGGCGCCGCGCCUCGCGCACGCUGCUGCUCUGCAACAUGGUCUCCGCGGACGAGGUGGACGACGCGCUGCACCACGAGAUACAGGAGGAGUGUUCGAAGUGGGGGCGCGUGGAGCGGCUGGUGAUCUACAACGAGCGGCAGAGCGAGGAGGACGACCCGGCGCAGGCGCACGUCAAGAUCUUCGUGCAGUUCGCGGGGUCCGAGGAGGCGGGCGCCGCCGCCGCCGCGCUGCACGGACGAUACUUCGGAGGACGCACCGUGCGCGCCGCGCUCUACGACCAGGACCUCUUCGACCACGGGGACCUCUCGGGCUGAGGUCCCCGCCCCCGCCCCCCCUCGCCGCGCUCUACGACCAGGACCUCUUCGACCACGGGGACCUCUCGGGCU